UUAGAUUUAUGACUUUGCAGACAACCAAAUUACACUGUCCCUCGCUGCAGCCCAGGAAGGCCAGUAAUCGCUUAAUACACAACAGCUAAUUGUGGCCAUGCAGAGAUAUGGAGUUUAUGUGACACAUGAUAAGUGUUUUUCCAUCCCUUUGGCAGAGAAAAGGUGUAAAGGCAAAUUGGUAAAAGAGGCUUAUCUGAUAAAGCUGUAAUUUGUCAUGAAUGUUCCCAUUUUUCUCUCAACACCCAGGACACACCUUAGACAAUCCAUCUGGAUCAAGGUGGAGGAAAACUAGGAAUGCAUUAUGAGUGACCAGUGUUCAUAAUUAUGAAUUAUACACUGCAGGAUUGUACCUGCACUUUCAUAGUUAUGCUCUUAAAAAAGAUGGUGUAAAGUUUCUAUAAUUGUAAUCAUAGUGCAUAUGGUUCAAGAAAAUCCUUUAAUACUGAAAUGGUUCUUUAUGCUGGAGAUAAGGGUUCUGUAUUCCCACUCUUUUUUUUUUUUUUUUUUUGAAAUCUGUAACUGUCAGAAAAUUCUUUCAAAGCAGCUUCUGACUUUUUUUUGAGCUCAACCAUCCAAAGGCAGACAGGCACAUUUGAAGCGCUUCUAAAUAUGUCUGCAAAUUUGAACUUUUAAAUUGUAACUGGUUGUAAAUUGAAGAAUCCUAAUCUGGUUAGUUUAGAACUCCUUUUUCUUAAAAGAAUAGUUUACCCCAAAAUGCUAAUUGUGUCUUAAUUUGCUUAGCCUCAUGUCAUUUAUUCAUUUUCAUAAUUGGAGCAAUUAUAUAAUAAAAAUAAAAAUUCCAAAAGGGGAGUCCAAACCUGUUCCUGCACAGUUUAGUUUCCAACUUUUAUUAAACACACCUAAAUAGGCUAAUUGAGGUCUUCAGAUUCUCUAGAACUUCCAGGCAAGUUUGUUGGAGCUAAAAUCUGCAGAACAUUGGUCCUCCAGCCGAAGAAGAACCAUUUUGGGGUCCCCAAAGAAUCUUUUAGUAAAAAGUUGUUGUUAAAAGAACUAUACUUUUGUUAAAUGUUCUUCAUGGAACCAUGGAUGCCAAUAAAGCACCUUUAUUUUUAAAAGUGUAUCCCUCUAUAGUGUCACACAAAUAUGAAUGAACCCUGAUUCCAUAAUUUAUGAGGAGGAAGCAUCUGUAAUAUCAGUAUAUAACUGUCAAAACCAAACAUACACACCUUGGAGUUACGUGCAUCUGUCAGCUUUGCAAAUGCCAUUCCUCAUUUUCGGCACGGUUUAGUUGGAAAGAUCAGAUCCUGUGUGUUGAGGAGGUGUGUCAAAGCCUGUUGACUGAUGUCUACGCUUGCCUGGAGGGCACUUGUAAACACAGAAUACACCUUUGCUUAUAGGCAGCUGGCUCACGUGACACAUCCACAGAUUGCCUUUAAAAACCCCUCUCGCCCUCUCUGAGACUGACAGAUCUGAUCUAGAAGAGGACAAAAGUUGACAACGAUGAGUCUGAGCAGCACCAGUACGGAAUCUGAAGUUUCAGAGGAUGAGUUGGAGGAUUGUCCUUUGGGUGAGGAUGACGACAGUUGCAGCGAAAGCCCUGCAAAGAUUUGUUCAGAGCACUCGGUGUCAUCCGGCCCCAGUGACACGGAGGGCUUCAAAGCGGCUAAGAGGCGUACUCGGCCCAAGCGGUCCAAAGCACGGAGAGUUGCCGCCAAUGUCCGAGAGAGGAAGCGCAUCCUGGACUACAACCAGGCCUUCAACGCCUUGCGCACUGUCCUCAAACAUGACCUUAGUGGAAAGCGUCUCUCCAAGAUUGCCACUCUCCGCCGUGCCAUCCACCACAUUUCAACACUGUCUUUAUAUCUGCAGACACAUUCAGACAGUGAAGCACAUGCACCUCAGUGUACCCAUACGGAGUGUUACCGGCAGCCAGAAGAGAACAUUUCCUUGCCCAGGAAGACAGGAACUGUCCAGGAACCGAUGGAGACCUACAUUCCCCAUCAGCCAGGGCCUCUCAAAGCUUCUCCAGAGAUACCUCCUGGGAUUUUGUACCAGGACAUAUCGAUCUCUGUACCAUCCCCUCACUACAGCCACUGCGCAACCAACAGCCAUGGACACUUCAGUCACCACUGGGAGGACCAAAGCAGUGAUUACUACAGUGGAGGACCUGAAAAUCAACAUGGGACGACGGUCACCUGCCAUCAGAACCAUAUGGAGACUUACGCAGACUCUGCUAACCCAUCUUUGGCUUGGCAGCUGGGUUACCUUCAAUAUCAUGGAUACCAUCAAUCGCUGAGUAUGCACUGACUUUUCUCAUGCUAGAGUUAUGCUCAAAAGCAUUAGCAAUUUGUAAAUAUAAUAAUGUGAAGAUUAUGUUUGGAUCCACUUCUCAGGUUAAAAAAAUAUAUACUGUAUAUUACAGCAAAUGCCUUUGAAAAAAAUCUGUACAUUCUAGAUUUUGUUAGUACUUAAUAAUUCAUACCAUUUUUUUUCAUAUGCACAAAUCCCCAAAUAAAGCAGCUUAUUAUAAACCUGACUCAAACCACCGUAGUUAAAAGUAUAAAUAUCUUUUAAAUGUAAUGCAUUUUAUGUACUACUCCUACCAAUAUGACAUAACAUAUUAAGUGCAAUCAAAUUCAUUUUGAUUAAACCAUUAGAA